GUUGAAGUUCUGAAACACUGAGCAGCUUCUCAAAAACCCCAGUGUCUUUUGCUUACUGUUUAAGAAGUCUUGAGACCAUCAGAGCUAACAGAAAGAAAGGCAGGAAUUCAGAUUAACAAUGAGGAAAGCUGUUUUCAUCAACACCACUGCCAUCAUCAUCAUCAACACUUUAGCAGUUGUUUGCACAUGGAAAAAAGACAUUGUCUUUGACCUGGACAUGGCCCCUAAAUCUGUUGAUGACCAAUACAUGGGCUGCGGCAAUAAAAUGUACAACGAGGUUAAAAGCAAGAUCCUACAGGAAGAGUUUAAAAAAAAUGAGUUGUUUGAAAAAAUUUGGAACAAGCACAAUGUUACUGAUGAUUUUACGAGAAUAAUAAAGGUCUACACCGACCAUACUCCACUUUAUUCACAACUCAAUGAUGCUGUCGGCUCAGGAAGAAAAAAGUACCUUACUCAAUUUAACUACAAAGCCUUUCAUUUCUUGCUAACAUACGCCAUACAAACGUAUAAAGUACAGACAUGUGUUAAUGUUUUCCGCAGAACCAAGGCUAGUUUUAAGAGAAGUUUUUUUAGCAGUGUAAUGCGAUUUGGCAGGUUUACUUCAACUUCACUUAGAAAUAACAUGACUGACUUUGGCAAUAUUACCUGUUUUAAAAUUGGAACAUGCUACGGUGCAAACAUCUCCGCCAUUUCUGUGUACCCUAAUGAGGAAGAGGUGCUAAUCCCACCUUUUGAAAAAUUCAAAAUCACAAACACUGAAAACAACAAGAUGAACUGCGGUGUCCUUUACACUCUACAGAGCGCGGGAACUUGUAGCAAUAUGAACUGUGAGCUGUUUAAAAUGAAAUCAACGGUAAAGUGUUGAUAUCAAUGUGUUGAUGUUAUUAUAACACCACUGCUAACAUGACUGGAUAAUUUUAGACAUGAUGUAACGUGUUCUAAGCAUGUGUUGAUGUCAGUGAGAUACAUUUUGUUUUUACAUUAUAAAAUUGCAAAAUAAUAAUUACAUGAUUGUAAUUUCAACAAUUUUAUCUGAGCUUUUGCUUGAAGAGGAUCUAGCAAGGUUUUGUAGCACAGCACCAACUUAAUGUCUGAAAAAAAUGUUGAUGACUGUUUAUUAUUGGCAACAUGUAUAGACUGUUUGUAACCUGCUUUUCUCAUUAAAAGAAAUCUG